GUAGUCAUUUCACAUUUGAAAGAACAGCUGUAGUACGUACUGCCGCGAAACGUGAAAUAGUAACAGUGUCGAAUGUUGUUUAUGUUUAAAAUGGGAGAAGAACCGAUAUUAACAAAUGGUACUUAAGAGUUUGUGCGAUUUCUUCGAACUUAAAUAUAAAAUUUUUAAUUUUGCCAUAAAUAAUGUUAAAGAAAUGAGGAUAAUACUAAAGAUCGUACGGAAUGAAAGGCUAAAAUUGUAAAAAUAACAAGUACCAAGUCAAACAUGAUGAAAAGUGAUGAAAAUGUGGAUGAGCUUUUGAAUACCAUAUUCUUGGGUGAGGUGCGCUCAGUUCAUAACUAUGGAGCUUUUGUUACUAUACCAGGGCGUCGUGACAAUGGGCUAAUACAUCGUAGCCAAAUUUCCAAAGGUGCAGUAGAUGACGCAAAUGAUGUGUUACAGCGUGGAGAAAGAGUUUGGUGCAAAGUUAUCGGUGUAACGGAUGAAAAGAAAAUUUCCUUGUCAAUGAAAGUGGUGGAUCAGGGUACUGGAAAGGAUUUAGACCCAAAUGGAGUUCAGAUUCACCAAGACGAACUCAAAAGAAAGUCCUUCGACCCGUCUUCAAGGAGAAAAGUUAUUGAACUUGAAGCAGUGUUAAAGACAACGUGUACAAAAUGUGGUACUUAUGGACAUUUAGCAAAAGAUUGCUUCAAGAGUCCAGAUGGGAAAACCUAUGAGCUUUUGCCAGACGAUGACGAUGAUGAUGAUGUGCCUGGUGUACUUGCUCAGCUAGCUGAAGAGGCACAGAAAACAAAGCAUAGUAAGAAAGCAAAGAAAAUUAAAAAGCACAAGAAAAGUAAAAGUCACCACAAGAAAUCGAAAAAGUCUAAAAAGAAACGAAAAUAUGCAAGUGAUACAUCUGACAGUGAGCAGUGUUCUGAAAAAUCAGCCAGCAGCAGCCCAAAUAAUGAAAGGAAAAUAAAGGGACAUCAUAGUGAAAAGUCCCGCAGAAAGAGAAGCCAUUCAUUAUCUCCAGAAAGUGUUUCCAAGAGGAAGAAACAGUAAAACAUUGUACUAUUGUAAAAAGAUACUGAUUUUACCAAAGACAAUUUCAGGCAAAUUCAACAGUCACCUUUGUAUUUCCUUUUAUGAUUAUUAGUAAAAAUGAACUUGAAAAAUCUA